AUGGCCACCACCGCCGAGGAGAGCUCUCCGGUCCCGGCCACGACAGCACCGCAGCAGCCUGACUUUGAACCUAGCGUAGAACCCGGCUCAGCAGCAAAACCUGAGCCCAGCGAUGCUCAAGCGCCGUCCCAGCGUGACAGGGAGGAAGAGGAGGAUGAGGAGGAGGAGGAAGGGGCAGGAAGCUCAGGACCGGGGCAGCAGAACGCAAGAGGGCAGAGCUCGGACCCGGAAUGGGUGGAGGAGAGGUUCCGGAUCGACAGGAAGAAGCUGGAGAACAUGCUGUACGCUCCACAACAUGGUGACGGUGUGACAGGGGAGGAGUUUUUUGAGAGAGUGAUGAGAGAAACUGACACUCAGGUGAAAUGGCCUUCCAAGCUGAAGAUUGGAGCCAAGUCAAAGAAAGACCCCCAUGUUAAGGUGGAGGGGAAGAAAGCCAAUGUUUUGGAAGCCAAAAAGAUGAUACUGGAGGUGCUAGAAACAAAGGUGAACAAGGUGACCCUGAAGAUGGACGUGGCCUACACCGAGCACUCCCAUGUGAUUGGGAAAGGCGGUGGGAACAUCAAAAAGGUGAUGGAGGUCACGUCCUGUCACAUUCACUUCCCAGACUCCAACCGCCACAAUGCCACGGGGGAGAAAAGCAACCAGGUCUCCAUUGCUGGGCCAAUUGAAGGAGUGGAGGCGGCCAGGAAGAGGAUAAGAGACCUGCAGCCGCUGGCCUUGACCUUUGACCUCCCAGUCAGCCUUGUGCCCCAGGCCCUGCCAGAUGCGGGCUCCCCGCUCAUCCAGCAGGUAGUGCAGGCUUUAGGGGUCAGCGUGAGCUUCAGGGCCCUGCCGCUCCAGCCUCAGGCACAGCCUCCGUUCUACGGCAGCUGUUGCACCGUGCGGGGCCUGCAGGGCAACGCCGCCGCUGUCAAGAAGGCAGUGUGCAUACUGAUGGAGCUGCUGCUGGGGUCAGAGGUCGGCGGUCAGGCAGCAGGGGUCAUAGUGAGCAGCCAGCUGGACAUCACCUCCCAGCAGCACCUCUUCCUACUGGGGCAGAACGGAGCUCACUUCCUGGGUGUCAUGCACCAGACGCAGACCCAGAUCGUCCUGCCGGAUCUCAGCGCUCCGCAGAACCCCCCCUCGCUGCUCAUCCAGGGCAGCCCCGAUGGAGUGUGUCUGGCCAGGCAGCAGCUCAUGGACUGCCUGCCUGUGUGUCUAAUGUUUGACAUGCGUGAGGAUGGUGAAGCAGAUCCUCGUAAACUGGCUCAGAUGAUGCAAAACCUGGGAGUCUUCAUUAGUGUCAAGCCAAAAGUCAAGCAGACCAGCAAGUCCGCGGUGGUGAAGGGCCUGGAAAGGAAUAUCUCCAGUCUGUAUGAAGCCCGCCGUCUGCUCCUGGGCCUGGAUUCCUGUGAGACUGCCAAGGUAACCAAGAUGACCCCCGACCCCGUGCUAGCUGGCAGCGGGCUGACCAGCUAUUGGUUCAACAUGUUGCUGCAGCAGCUUCGCCUCUCUGAGCAGGGCUCUGCUUCCGUUCCCCCUCCUGAGGCGAUGAUUGGAUGUAACAGUCAGACUAAGCCCCGCCCCUCGCCUCCGCCAGGGCUGCUCCCUCCCGCUGACGAGGGGAAGGUGGGACCAAAGGGGAGCGACAGCCGACUGCUGGAGAAGAUUCCUGAGAACGAGGACCAGUCUGGCCAAUCAGAGGACGAGAGCCCUGGGCCCGUAGUGAUGACAUCAUCAGAGCUGUGCGAGGCAGUGAGCAGCAGCUGUAGGGCUGGGCUGAUGAGCCGGAGGGGGAGUCUGCAGGGUCCCGAGCUCAGCAGAGUUUUCAGCCAGGGCAGACGUCACUCCACAGGGCAGGCCCUGACACACAGAUUACUGAACGGAGAGAUUGAGGGAGGGAGGAGCGAGAGGAGGAACAGCCUGAGGAGAGAGGUACCGCUGGUACGGGAUGCUCUCGACUCUGACUCAUCCAAGGCCGAGGAUUACGACUAUGAGAGGAAGAAGCUGCUGGCAACCCGAGCCAUGCAGAGGAAGCCAGUGGUGACAGAGGUGCGGACGCCCACAGACACAUGGAGUGGCCUCGGCUUCUCCAAGUCCAUGCCAGCUGAGGCGGUCAAAGAGCUCCGCAACAUCAGCCGACGCAGCUACAAACCCUACUUGAGCAACAGCAGCAGCCAGCAACAGUCAUGGGCUGCUCAGGCUGGGAAGGACAGAGCGUGUAACGGCAGCAACUCGGACAACUGGAGGGACAGAAGGGGCUCCGCAUCUUCAUCCUCACCUGUGUCCUCCUCCUCGUCCUCCCCUUCCUCCCCACCCUCCACCUUCUCUUCGUCCCUGUCGUCCUCUGCCUCCUGCUUCCCUGUGUUUGCGUCCUCGACGAACAGAAGCAGAAGUGACAAACCCUUGGAGAGCUUCCUGAACAGCGGUUGCUACUUUGAAGGUGUUUCCACAUCCAGAAGGGCAUCGACCUGCAGCCAGCGGAGCCCCUCACCCCAAAUCACAGACGACCUGCCUGAGCUGCUCAUCCAGCUGGGCUUGGGGAAAUACACAGAUGUGUUUGAGCAACAGGAGAUUGACUACCAGACAUUCCUCACUCUGUCUGAUGAAGAUCUGAAAGAGGUGGGUGUCUCCACCUUUGGGGCCAGACGCAAGAUGUUACUGGCAAUCUCAGACCUGAACAAAAGCAAGAGGAGGCUGUCAGACACACCCACUGUGAAGCCUGGAUACCUGGAGGGUGGGGCCAGCGGCAGACUUCCACGAAUCAUGGAUGUAGAAGCAGCCGCUCAGAGUAACCGUUGGUGA